AUGGGCCAACUCCUGCAAACCCUCGUCUUCCUCCUCCUCCUCACCUCCUGCCCCUGCGCCGUCAUCACUGGGGUCCCUUUCUUCGGGAAGCGCCAGCACCACACCUGCCCCUGUUUGCCCAACUUCAUCUGCUCCAGGUUCCUCGACGGUCGCUACCGCUGCUCCAGUGACUUCAAGAACGUCGAUUUUUUAGGGUGA